AUGGUUGACUAUGAACUGUUGACCCACCGCCUCACCGAGGGGAGGGCGCGGCGAGGCAGCCCCUUGGUCGGGCGCCGGAGCCGCGCCUGCCUCUCGCUCGCUGCCCUUCGCGCCUCUCCUCUCUUCUGCCGGGCGACGAUGGCGCCGGUGCGCAAAGUGCUGAUCAGCGACAGCCUCGACCCGGCUUGCGCGCAGAUCCUGCAGGCGGCCGGCAUCCGCGUCGUGGAGAAAGCCGGCCUCGGCAAGGAGCAGCUGCUGGCCGAGAUCCGAGACUGCGAUGGGCUUAUUGUUCGCUCGGCAACAAAAGUGACUGCUGACAUCAUCAAUGCUGCCGAGCAGCUGCAGGUCAUUGGGAGGGCUGGCACCGGAGUCGAUAAUGUGGACGUGGACGCUGCGACGAGGAAGGGGGUCCUGGUUAUGAACACACCGACUGGAAACAGCCUCAGUGCGGCCGAGCUGACGUGCGGUAUGAUCCUGAGCCUAGCCAGGCAGAUCCCACAAGCUGCGGCUUCGAUGAAGGAGGGGAAAUGGGACCGCAAGAAGUUCAUGGGGAUGGAGCUUCAAGGGAAGACGCUGGGCAUCCUGGGCCUGGGCAGAAUCGGACGAGAAGUGGCCAUCCGGAUGCAGUCCUUUGGCAUGAAGACCAUAGGUUAUGACCCCAUCAUCACUCCUGAGGAAUCGGCUGCAUUUGGUGUUCCUCAGCUGCCUUUGGAACAGAUCUGGCCGCUGUGUGAUUUCAUUACGGUUCACACACCACUCCUGCCUUCCACCACAGGGCUGCUGAAUGACACAACAUUUGCUCAGUGCCGGCGUGGGGUCCAGGUGAUCAACUGUGCCAGAGGGGGCAUUGUGGAUGAGGGAGCCCUGCUGCGGGCUGUGCAGUCCGGCCAGUGUGGGGGAGCAGGCCUAGAUGUUUUCACGGAGGAGCCACCCAAAGACAAGGCCUUGGUGAACCACCCCAACGUGAUCAGCUGUCCCCACUUGGGAGCCAGCACCAGGGAAGCUCAGAACCGCUGCGGCAGGGAAAUCGCCAUGCAGAUUGUGGACUUGGCCCAGGGCAAGGCACUGACUGGCGCUGUGAACGGGCAAGCUCUCAGCAGCGCAUAUGCACCCCAUUCGAAGCCAUGGAUCGCACUGGCUAAAGCUCUGGGUGCUGUGCUGCGCGCACUGACCCAGCAAGCGAAUGGAAGCGUGCAGGUCGUCACGCAUGGACCAACAUUGCAGAAGGCUGGCAGUUACCUGAUUCCUGCAGUGGCAAUGGGGUACCUUAAAGAACAGAAGGAUGUCAACCUUGUGAAUGGGAUGCUCCUGGCACAGGAGGCUGGACUGAAGAUCACCACCACCCACAGCGACAGAACACAGGGUAACGAAGAGGGUUUGCUGCAAGUAUCUGCCCAGGGUUCCCCCUGCAGUUUAAUCGGCUCUGUGCAAGGCAGCAUGCUCGUCCUGCACGAACUCAACAGAGCAGCCUUUAAACAGCUCGUUCCCCUCACCGGCACGUUGCUGUUCUGCAGAUCUAAAGCCUCCAACGCCAGCCUGUUGUCAACCAUCACUGGUCUGUUGGGGAAGGCCAGAGUGGAGCUGUUGUCCUACCACCGUUCCUGCACUGUGGCUGGAGAAGAGUGGAGCAUCCUGGGACUGUCUUCCGCUCUCCAGAGCCUGCAGGAGCUGAAGCAGCACGUCUCAGAAGUUGCUCAAGUUACUUUUUAAGCCCCGGGCGGAGACCCUGACAAAGCAAAGUCCAUUGCAAAUACAAGCCCAGCAUCCAUACCAUAAGCAUUCCGUGUCUCAAUAAAGAGAUUGCCAGGA